AAACCGCCCUAUUCGUAUGCGACCUUGAUCACUUAUGCCAUCAUGCACCACCCACGCAAGCAGAUGACACUCAACGAGAUCUACAACUGGAUCAUGGACAAGUACCCGUACUUCAAGACCGCCGGCACCGGCUGGAAGAACUCGAUCCGCCACAACCUGUCGCUGAGCAAGACCUUUGUGCGCAUUCCACGCCCGAUCAACGAGCCUGGCAAGGGUGCAUAUUGGACCGUUGAC